AUGAAUAAGCUUGUUACAAAUAAAAAAGAACGUUUUGAGCUUAUAGAAAAAAGUUUAAUAAAGUUAGAUUCUAGCAUUUAUUAUUUAUUGAUUUUAGUAAAUUCAAGAGCUAAAGAAAUUUUAAAGAGCAACUACAAAAGGUUUUACUUAAAAUAUAAUUAAAGUAAAUUCUAGUGUAAAAAAUAACUUAAGUAAAUACUUACUAUUGCUUAUUAGGAACCUAUUGAUUAUUGUUAAAAAACUAUUAAAAAAUUAUCUUAGAAGAUAGAUAAUACAUUUAAAGGAAUUCUAUUUAACUUUAUAAUUACUCUCAAAGUUUUUAUUAUUUUUUAGAAAUUAAUUUUGUCAGUAGUGUGGGAUUGCACAAAAAACUCUUCCUUUGAAAAAACUCAAAAUUUUUUUUUAUCUUUUAAGAAAAAAAGAUAAGAAUAAAAAAUAUUUUUUUUAAAAAUCCUGGUAAAAAAGCUAAAAUAAAUAGUAUAGAAUCUGGAUAAAAUAAAAUCUAAUCAACUUUUGACAUUAUAUCUAAUUACAAAGAUGGAAAAAUAAAUUUUCAUUUUAAGUUUAUAAAAAAGAAUAAAAUUUAGAUAUCUAUAAAUUUAAAUGAACUAAGAGAUUAAAGUUUUAGUAAAUUAGUUUAUUUGA